AUGGCACGUCCCUUCAUCGCCAUUUUGCUGUCGUUGAACCCUAGAAGCCAAAAGAUUGUUAAUAAAAAUUGUAUCAAGCCGCUCAGCGGCGAUCUGAUUUCAUUUAUUACUGUUGUAAAGUGAAGCCGGCGCCAUGUACCUUUACAAUUUAACUCUACAAGGCUCUACAGCCAUUACACAUGCCGUUCACGGCAAUUUCUCGGGAACAAAACAGCAAGAAAUAGUGAUAUCACGUGGUAAAAUACUGGAACUUCUUCGACCAGACCCAAACACCGGCAAAGUUCAUACCCUGCUGAAAGUGGAAAUAUUCGGCAUAAUCCGCUCUAUGAUGUCGUUUAGGCUCACAGGAGGCACGAAAGAUUACAUAGUUAUUGGCUCAGAUUCUGGACGUAUUGUUAUAUUGGAGUACAUUCCAGCCAAAAAUAUUAUGGAAAAAGUCCAUCAAGAGACAUUUGGCAAGUCAGGUUGCAGACGCAUUGUACCUGGUCAAUAUCUGGCCAUUGAUCCUAAGGGCAGAGCUGUUAUGAUUGGUGCAAUUGAAAAGCAGAAAUUAGUAUACAUUUUGAACAGAGACGCAGAAGCAAGGUUGACAAUUUCAUCACCAUUGGAAGCUCACAAAUCUAACACACUUGUUUAUCACAUGGUUGGUGUGGAUGUAGGCUUUGAGAACCCCAUGUUUGCUUGUCUAGAGAUUGACUAUGAAGAGGCAGAUGCUGACCCUACAGGUGAAGCAGCCCAAAAAACACAACAAACACUAACAUUCUAUGAGUUAGACUUAGGAUUGAACCAUGUUGUCCGAAAGUAUAGUGAACCAUUAGAAGAGCAUGCCAACUUCUUGAUAACAGUACCUGGUGGUAAUGACGGACCAUCUGGUGUUUUGAUUUGUUCAGAAAAUUAUUUGACAUACAAAAACUUGGGUGAUCAGCAUGAUAUACGAUGUCCCAUACCCCGACGAAGAAAUGACUUGGAUGACCCAGAAAGAGGAAUGAUAUUUGUAUGUUCAGCAACACACAAGACAAAGUCAAUGUUCUUCUUCUUAGCCCAAACAGAACAAGGAGACAUCUUCAAAAUUACCAUAGAAACUGAUGAGGAUAUGGUCACAGAAAUUAAACUGAAAUACUUUGACACUGUCCCAGUGGCUUCAGCAAUGUGUGUUUUAAAAACGGGAUUCCUGUUUGUUGCCUGUGAAUUUGGGAACCACUAUUUGUACCAAAUUGCACAUUUGGGAGAUGAAGAUGAUGAACCAGAAUUCAGUUCAGCAAUGCCAUUAGAAGAAGGCGACACUUUCUUCUUUGCCCCAAGGCCCCUAAGAAAUUUGGUGCUUGUUGAUGAAUUGGACUCGUUAUCUCCUGUGUUAGCUUGCCAUGUAGCAGAUUUGGCUGGAGAGGAUACUCCACAAGUAUAUCUAGCAUGUGGAAGAGGCCCCAGGUCCUCCUUGCGAGCCCUCAGGCAUGGUUUAGAAGUGGCAGAGAUGGCUGUUUCAGAACUACCAGGUUCACCAAAUGCUGUUUGGACUGUCAGAAGACACAAGGAUGAGGAGUAUGACUCUUACAUCAUAGUAUCGUUCGUAAAUGCUACGCUUGUGCUGUCUAUCGGCGAAACUGUGGAAGAAGUAACAGACUCUGGUUUCCUGGGAACGACCCCGACACUCAGUUGUCAUGCUAUGGGCAAUGAUGCUCUUGUACAAGUCUACCCUGAUGGUAUUCGGCACAUUCGCGCUGACAAGCGUGUAAACGAGUGGAAAGCCCCAGGCAAGAAGACUAUCGUCAAAUGCGCUGUCAAUCAAAGGCAGGUCGUGAUUGCUUUGACUGGUGGAGAACUCGUCUACUUUGAGAUGGACCCUACUGGUCAACUGAAUGAGUACACAGAGAGGAAGAAAUUGUCAUCCGACGUAUCUUGCAUGGCACUAGGCUCAGUAGCCAUCGGCGAACAGAGGGCUUGGUUUUUAGCAGUGGGGCUCAGUGACAACACUGUCAGGAUCAUCUCUUUAGAUCCUUCAGACUGCUUGUCACCUAGAUCUAUGCAAGCCUUGCCUGCCGGCGCAGAGUCUUUGUGCAUCGUAGAGCAACCGUUUGAGAGUGGCGCUAAGUCUGCAUUACAUUUAAACAUAGGUUUAAGCAAUGGUGUGCUACUACGUACAACGCUGGACAGCGUAAGUGGUGAUUUGGCAGACACGAGAACCAGGUACUUAGGCUCAAGACCAGUAAAGCUAUUCAAAGUGCGUGUUCAGGCAUCCGAAGCUGUGCUAGCAGUGUCAUCAAGAACCUGGCUUGGAUACCACUACCAAAAUCGCUUUCAUCUUACACCACUGUCAUAUGAAUGCUUGGAAUAUGCUGCAGGAUUUAGUUCGGAGCAAUGCGCGGAAGGUAUCGUAGCGAUCUCAUCCAAUACUCUGCGAAUCUUAGCCCUCGAAAAACUGGGAGCCGUCUUUAACCAAAUGUAUCUUGCGCUUGAGUACACUCCGAGAAAAUUCGUCAUCAACUCUGACAACAAUCACAUCAUUAUUCUUGAGACUGAUCACAAUGCUUACACUGAAGAAAUGAAAAAACAGAGAAGAGUCCAAAUGGCACAAGAAAUGAGAGAAGCUGCUGCAGGAGGUGGGCCAGAAGAGCAACAGCUAGCCAGUGAGAUGGCAGAUGCUUUCUUAUCCGACGUUCUGCCUGAAAACAUUUUCUCGUCACCAAAAGCUGGUGUAGGUAUGUGGGCGUCGCAAAUCCGCGUAGUGGACAUGGGCGCGAGUGGCGUGCAGCCGAGCACGCAGUUCAAGCUUCAGCUGGAGCAGAACGAGGCGGCAGUGUCGCUGUGCAUCGUGCGCUGGGCAUGUCACGCCGAACACGCGCUGCCACACCUCGUCGUCGGCGUCGCCAAGGACAUGAUCCUCUCGCCGCGCUCUUGCACUGAGGGCAGUCUACACGUGUAUAAGAUUUAUGGGAAUACAGGAAAAUUAGAACUAGUUCACAAAACACCCGUAGAUGAAUACCCGGGAGCUUUGGCAGCGUUUAACGGCAGAUUAUUGGCCGGAGUUGGCCGCAUGCUGCGACUGUACGACAUAGGUAGAAGAAAGCUAUUGCGCAAGUGCGAAAACAGACACAUUCCAAAUCUCAUUGUCGAUAUUAAAACUAUUGGUCAGAGAGUAUUCGUCUCGGACGUACAAGAAUCAGUAUUUUGCGUAAAGUACAAAAAGAGAGAAAACCAGUUGAUAAUUUUCGCUGACGACACAAAUCCGAGAUGGAUCACAAACACUUGCAUCUUGGAUUAUGAUACAGUCGCGAUGUCUGACAAAUUUGGAAAUGUAGCCGUGCUGAGAUUACCACAUUCCGUGUCCGAUGAUGUCGAUGAAGAUCCCACAGGCAAUAAAGCUUUAUGGGACAGAGGUCUUUUGAACGGCGCAUCACAGAAAGGAGAAAUCACUGUGAACUUCAAUGUAGGCGAAACAGUGACAUCGCUGCAACGAGCAACAUUGAUACCUGGAGGCUCUGAAGCAUUGCUCUACGCAACAAUCAGCGGGUCUCUCGGAGUUUUCUUACCAUUCACGUCACGGGAAGAUCAUGACUUCUUCCAACAUCUGGAAAUGCAUAUGAGAAGUGAAAACUCGCCGCUGUGUGGCCGAGACCACCUAUCAUUUCGAAGUUAUUACUAUCCAGUGAAGAAUGUAAUAGACGGCGACCUCUGCGAGCAGUUCAACUCGUUGGAGCCUGCAAAACAAAAGGCCAUAGCUGGCGACUUGGAACGAACGCCGGCGGAGGUCUCGAAAAAACUUGAAGAUAUCAGAACCAGAUACGCGUUCUAAUUCCUUGUGUACCUUU